AUGAAGGCGCCGAAACUCGUCAUCCUUGCCACCAUCGCUAUAUCUAUAGUCACCAUCGUAACCCUCACAGCCACUAACUCCAACAGUCCUCCGCCGCCAGCCCCCGCCACGUCCCAGCCGCCUUCCAAAAGGCCAGCCGCCCGUUUUCUGCAGCAGAGAGGGACAAACCGUAGAGCGGCAAACCACUGCAAUCGAGACAACGAGAUCUGCAGCUACCUCUCGGGCGUGACGGGACAGAACGCGACGUGCUGCAACAACAAGUGCGUCGACCUAAAUUACGACCACAACAACUGUGGGGGCUGCAAGAGGAAAUGCGCGUUUACGGAGACGUGCUGCCGAGGGGAGUGCGUCGACCUCGCCUCUGACAAGAGGCACUGCGGCUACUGCAACCACAGGUGCAUGCCCAGUGGCUACUGUAUAUUCGGCAUGUGUGAUUAUCCGUGA